AUGUAUAUGGAAUCUGCAAAUGCAUGUCUGCCGUGGAGUGGAAGAAAGGUAUCUUCCAAUAUAUUUUCAGGAUCAAAUGGAUUAUACUUGUCUCCCGAAUCUUUCGACUCUGGAGUCUCGUCUUUCACAGUCGCUUUGGUUCGUCUUCUCUUGGUUCGUGGCUUUUCCUCUUCUAUUUUUUCAGGCUCAGGAGAAACCUGUUUCGUCUUUCUUCGUGGCCGUAAUCUCCUUCCGUCCGUAGGCGCUUCGUCUUCAAUUUCGCCGUCUGGCUUUUUUCCUGCGUUGAACUCGCUAGACGUGUACCACUGUGAAAUGUACAACAAACGAUCAAGGUUAUUCUUAAAUUUUAUACGACGAAGAAACGGAUUGAACUCGGUGCUCAAUCUGUCCACCGCAACGUCGUCUCUAAAUGGAUGUUCCUGGCGGAUUUCCUUGAGAGUGUGGUUCGAUGUGGCAAGCUUCUCGAUGCUCUGGCGCUCUUCCACCGUUGUGGCUUCGGGAUCAUAUUCUUCCAAAGUAUUGAGUAUGUUUUGGAUUUUUUCACCAUCAAUAACGUCGAUUUUUGUCCGUAAACUGGUCAUAGAAAGAUCCACUUGGACCAAAUCCUUGAGAAUCGACACCAAGUCUUCCUUGUUUUCGAUCGAUAUCCCGCCAUUUGGUUGUUUUUCUUCUGGUAAAUCUUGCAGUGGAGUCACGAUUGAUUUUAUAGACAUCACCGAAUUCGUGUCUGAAGGAGUUAGCGGUUCUGGAGUUUCCUUAUGA